CCUCAACUCCCAUCAUUCUACAGGAGUUUAAACAUAUGUGUCUAGAUGAAAGUCAUUUGUUUACUCUAGCAUUAGCUUGUCAGUCGUCCCUGGCAACGAAGCAGUUGUUAGAGUCAGGGUUCCCAGCAGUGUUGGCUCAGGGAUUGUUUGAGUUCUGUAAUCGUGUGAUAUCAACAUUCGCUGAUUCAUGGUCACAGCCUGAGGGAAUAUCAGAUUCUUGUAAGAGUAUGACUGGAACAACUGGGGAUAGCACAAGUACAACUAAUAACCAUACAGGUUUGAUGGUGACAGCUGACAUGGUAUCUGCAGUAUUAAAUUUUUUCUCUGAGAUCUCAUCUCUACCAGCUAUGAAGGACUGGCUGGGUGGUGCUGAUGGUAACAUAUUCUGGCCGGUACUUCUAACAAUGUUGUGCAAUACACCUUUACACAGUCCCAUAUCUGUCACCACGUUCCCACAAAAAUUUGAGUUGAUCUCAGCAGAAGAGAGAGCGUGUAUAGAAACAGCGUCUGUUAAAUUUUUCCGGAGUGUGAUAUCAUGUCAUGUACCUAACCAGAUGUUAUUUGCUAAAGUUCUAUAUGAUGUCAUCAAAGAACAAGGAUCUACUAAUAAAGCUGCAGGUUUAGGUAUUUGUCCACUGUCUGGAUUCACUAGACGACUUUUCCUCCAAGUUCUUCUUGAAGAUGAGAAUAUUCUUGUGGCAUUCCGGGCUGCACCGAAACAAUACCACAUACACGUACCUACACCUCAGGGCUGUCUGCAGCACCCACAGUUUGGAGCAGGACGCAGGUUCAGGACAAUGCAAGUCAAUAUGCAUAUUACCGUUGGUGAACUCAUUAACAAAGUAUCAGAUACACCAAGUUUAGCAGCACAGUUAUUAGAUGUACAGAAUGGUAAGAAAUCAGAUGAGUCUAAAGAAAGCACAUGUCAGAUAGGGCUGGAGCUUGUAGAUGUCAUAGAAAAUAUCUCUGUUGGCAAAUCAGAUACAAGUAUGGCUGAUAAAACAAGUUCAAGUCAGCUUCCAAAGAGCCACCUCUGGUCAAAAGUUACAACAGCAAAUACUACACCUAGUAGUUCAAAGGCUUCAUUGCCCCCUCGUCCCCCAACAAGAAGAGGUCGCAACAAUGAUUCUCUGUCUAAGCAUCUUUCCAUUCCAGUGCUUUCACUUAACCAUAAACUGGUUACAAAUAAAUCACUUCCAUCAGAUGUCACUCUGUCACAGUUGAUGCAAGUAUUACAAGGGCAAGGUCUCACUCAAGGUCAAGAUGUCCUUGAUUUUAUACUCCAGUUGCAGAAUGGACCAGUUCCUACCAAAACAGAUCUGACUGAUGAUCCUGAUGAGAUACCAGACGAUGUGUUGAUGGCGUCACCACCAUUCCCAACACCACUACAAGUGUUUGCAAGUAGUAAUGGUUUAGCAUUACUAGCGGAACAUCUGCCUCUCUUAUAUCCCGAGAUAUCACGUCAAAUGAACUCAUCAGAGUCUGGGGAAGUCACACCAAAUGUAACUGUGGGCAAUAAUGAUCCUAGUCAAGAUUGGGUCACUGUUGAUUCUUAUCCAGAAGAUUUUUAUAUGUUAUUUGAGCCUGUAUCCCCUGUUCCUCAGAGUAGUCGAGGUCAUCAUAUAGGAAAUCCAACUAUUCCCCCACACUCUCUAGUAGCGUUUGGCCUGUUUCUGAGAUUACCAGGAUAUGCCGAGGUGUUACUGAAGGAGAGGAAGAAAGCCCAGUGUUUACUACGACUGAUGCUGGGAGUGACAGAUGAUGGCGGCGGAGGUCAGAUUCUUACAUCUGCUAUUGCCAGCUCAUUGCCAACAUUACCAUUCAUUGUUUUGAAAUCCUUGUUUGAUACAACACCCCUGACAACAGAUGACGGUGUGCUACUGCGUAGAAUGUGUCUGGAGAAUGGAGCACUUCAUCUUAUAUUAGCUUGCCUCUCUGUACUUAGUCAUCAUUCACCAAGAGUUACUGUCCCUGGAUUUCAACAAGAGGCCUAUUCCAUGCUGAGUGCUAUGCAGACACCUACAUCAACACCAAGCCAGGUACCAGGCCCCUCAGAAGAGAAAUCCCAACAAUACUGGGCUAAGGGAACUGGUUUUGGCACUGGGUCUACAACAUCAAGCUGGGAUGCAGAACAAGCCUUGAUACGACAAAAAAGUGAAGAGGAACAUGUCACAUGUCUUUUACAGGUUUUGGCAAGUUACAUCAACCCAGGUGGAAGUGUUCCUGAUCAGUUUGAAGAUGAUGAUUAUGAGCCUGCUACAGAGCGGACAUUGUUACCUGACAUUGUACCGGACAUGUUAACUCAGUCAUGUCUUGUACCAGCACUAUCAUCUUACCUCAGGAAUGAUUCUGUUCUAGAUAUGGCAAGGCAUGUACCUCUGUAUAGAGCAUUACUACAGUUACUACGAGGUAUUUCAGUGUGUCCAUCACUGGUUAUGUUACUGUUACCUCUAGACAAGGAGAAUGGUGGGGAGACAGCUACAGCUGUAGGUGAACUACUGGAGAAGAUGAGAGCAUGUGUUGAUACAUAUGCCAGUAGACUCAAAUCAAACAAAGGUAAGAUAGGUGGCACCAAGGAAGAGGAGGAGGAAAAUGAAGGACUUGCUAUGUUGAUACCUGAUAUACAAGAGACAGCUAGAAUAGUUCAUACAGCCACUAGUAGACUUAAAGAACAUGAAGGAACAGGUGAGGAGAACAGUGAGAUUGACCAGGAAAUGAAGCGGGAUACAUCACAGGAUAGCAUUGAUCAAAUCUACCUCUCAGAGAUGCAGAAACUACAGUUUGAUCAGUAUGAAAUGGUGACAGAAGAAGGGCCGACAAUAAAGUUUACAGUUAGGCAUCACUAUGAGAACAAUGUAAAAGCUGCAGGAGAAAUAAAUAACCCAACUAGGAUACGACGUCUAGCCCAGGAGGCGGUAACUUUAUCAACAUCCCUCCCUCUCUCUGUCAGCAGUAGUGUAUUUGUUCGCUGUGAUGAGGAAAGACUAGAUAUCAUGAAGGUUUUGAUAACUGGACCAGAAGAUACUCCCUAUGCUAAUGGAUGUUUUGAAUUUGAUGUUUAUUUUCCACAAGAUUACCCAAAUGCUCCACCAUACAUUAACCUAGAGACCACUGGAAACCAUACUGUCAGAUUUAACCCUAAUCUAUACAAUGAUGGAAAGGUUUGUUUAAGUGUGUUGAACACCUGGCAUGGUAGACCAGAGGAAAAAUGGAGCUCUCAAACAUCGAGCUUUUUACAGGUGUUAGUUUCUAUCCAGUCACUAAUCUUGGUGUGUGAGCCAUACUUUAAUGAGCCAGGUUAUGAGAGGUCACGUGGUACACCAUCUGGUAAUGCCAGUUCUAGAGAAUAUGAUGCCAAUAUUAGACAGGCCACAGUGAAGUGGGCAAUACUUGAACAGAUCAAAUGUCCACCACCAUGUUUCAAGGAUGUAGUAGUGAAACAUUUCUGGUUGAAACGCCACAAGAUCUUACGGCAAUGUGAGGAAUGGAUUGCCGAGAUGGAGAUUUAUUGUAAUGAUAAGAGGACUGGAAGAACAAUAUCUCAUAGUACAAUGGCACUUAAGAAACAUUACAACCAGUUACGAGAAGAAUUUUCCAAGAUGAAGCCCCCUGAAGGUCUUGAAGAUGUUGAAAAAGGAGACAUAGACCCUAAAGGCAAGCAUUACAGCACGGACCAGUCAGGGGCAUCAGGAAGUAAAGACUCACCACAGAUAGUUCCAGCUGAUAACAAUGCUAACUCUAUGCUGGCACAAAAUCUUAGCUCACUAGUUUCUGACUCGGACAUUAAUGGAAUUGCAUCGACUGCAAAUUGCUGACAUACGGCAGCACUAUCUGUGAUUAUUGACUGUUAACUGUGAUGUUAUAACAGAAGACUGGUUGCCAAACAUUAUACAAACUGUGAUGUUAUAACAGAAGACUGGUUGCCAAACAAUAUACAAACUGUGAUGUUAUAACACUAGAAUGCAUGCUGUUUGUACUGUCUGUUUGUGUCAACUGUAGUAUCUACACUAGGUAAUAAAUGUCACUGCACCAGGCUUGUUUACAAAAAUAACAAUGUUGCUUAUUUGCUCUUUCUAUACCUUGUUCAGAGAAUAUUUCAUAGCUGUAUUUAAUACUGGAACUAACAUAUUUCCACAGUAAAGUUAUCAGUUGCCUCUGAUCUGAAUUAUCCUUAAUUCAAUUUAAAGAUAACUUUAUUUUUAUUGUGAUUAGAGUGCAAGUUAAAUCAAGCGAUGGGAUCAUUUGUAAUUUUAUAAUAAGUCUGAGAACAAAUAUUACGUUACUAUGAAGUGUACAGAAAACAAAAAAGGCAGACUAGGUCGGUAAUGUAAAUACGCCAUCUUUGUAUAAUCCUAGGUUCCUAAUACGGUAUUUGGUAAGUUUAGUUAGAGUUUGUGAAAAAAAAGAGGCCAUGCAAGUGUUUAAAUCUUCAGAAUGCUUAAAUGAAAAUAUGAAAAUUGUAUACUGCCAGAACUGGACCAUUUUCCCAUGCUUGUUAGUACCUAAGGUCAUUUUAUUUCUAGAAAAUGAUUGGAACAUUUGUAUAACACAUGAGAGAAAAAGUAUGUUUAAAUGAAGGUGUAAUUCUGUAUUUCACUUACAUUAUGCAUGUUGUUUAUGUAUUAUUUCAUGCUUCAAUUUUACUAAUUGUAUAAUUCCAAAUAGUAAUUUAUUGAAAGUUUAUUUCAAUGUAAAUAUUGUCUACAUUCGUAUAUAGAAGUUUAUUAGUAUGCAUGGCAGUUUUUUUAAUGAAUAAGGGCUAUAUAUUGUCUUUCAAGUUUACAAGUAAAAGUGCAUAUAUCUCAUUCUGUCUGUUGUCUGUUACAUGUAUUAAAACAAUGUAAACAAUAUGAAAGACAAUUCAAUUUUUUUUUUUUCAUUUUUUUGUUUUUGGUAAUUGUCUGUUAAAAUUUUAAUUUAUUUAACAAUAGUAGAUCAAUUUCUUUUAUCAAGAGGUAAUUUAGGAUUUUUUUAUAUAUAUAUUAUUGUUUGAUAAUUAGUGUUUUCACUAGUAUUUGUUUUUAUAUAAAACUUUCACAAAUUAAACUGCCUGUCAUUAUUAUUGAUAAAUAUUUUGUCCGAGUUUACUGGUUUAUAUGAUUAAUGCAUUUCCUACUUUUAUGCUCAUCCAGAAGUUCACUGGCCUAUAUAUAUAUAAUAACUUUUCAUGGUUGCUAAUGUCCAAUUUUUUUAGACCUUUAGUUGUAGUGCAGUGAAGAAAUAAUCAUAAAAAUUAAGAAUAAUUUGUCAUUCCUUUUUGAGCACUUACUUAUUUAUUUGAAUUUCAUAAUGACAUUUCCAGUGGAAAUUGAAAAUUUGCUGCUUUUUUAUUGUUGAGAAAAUGGAUAAAUAUAUGGUUAGUGAGUUUUCUUCAUUUACAUGAUUUUUUUUCCAUAUUUAUAGUCCAUUGUAUAAAACAGAAGAACUUUAAAAAAAAAUCUUCUAUUUCUAAAACAGUAAAUAUUCUGUUUGUAAUUGAAAAAAAAUAUUUUUUUUUCAAUAAUGAGAUAGGGUUAUGGAUUUACCUAUGCAUUGGUUUUACAUUUUGUCAAGGCUCCACGUGAAAAUACUUUUGUGCUUUAAAUGAGGCAUGGAUGAGUAUCCAAGUUCUUUCUCUACAAGGUGCCAUGUCACCUUGACAAUGUCAGUUUUAAGUUAAAAUCUUUAAAAAAAAUUAAAUUGUUUAACUUAGACGGUAAAAUCUUGUAAAAAAUUGUUUUCUUUUUAACAGGAAAUAGAAACCAUUAACAUUAAUGUAAACUAUAACUUUUGUUUUUCAUGUAAUAUCUUUAUAUUUAUUUGUAUCUUAUUUCAGAAAUGUUAUACAUGAAAGACUGUAAGAGCUAUUCAUUUUAAUCUACAUGUAUGUAUGUUAUAUACUAUAUAUAUUUUGAUGUUAAAAUUAUGUGUCAGAGUUAGAGGAGUUUUAUUAUUUCUGUAUUAAUAUUUGAUCUUAUUUUGUUAACAGAUAGUUGAUUGUAUAUAGCGUAUGUUGUUUUCUUUAGCUUAUGUUUCACUAUUGUUUAAACGUAUUUGUUAUGAUCAGGUCUCUAUGUAGACUGUAGCUGUACUAUAGUUACAUGACUGAUAAAAUAAACACAUGGAACAAUGUAAA